AUGAGAAUUUUGAUAAAGUACUACAGGUAGUAUGGUUUAGGAAACCAAGCUACCUAAGGAUUCGAUGUAGAUCCAGAACAACUCGUAAUUGAUCUGAAAAGAAUGAUAUUCGCUAGAAUAGGUUUCGAGGUCAAAUAUCAGCAACUUUAAGUUAUUAAUCAUGGUGUGCCUGAGACAAUGAAUGAUGAAAAUUCAUUGAGCUUUUACUAGAUAAAGGAAAAUGACAAAAUCCAAUUGGAAAAUAUGCAGCAGUAAAUAUCUGAGAGUGAGAUGAAGGACAACAUCAAUUACAAUUUCCAAAACUCUAAAACAGGCUAGAACAGAGACAAACUUGUUGUAGAUGAGCUUUGUAAUGUCAUUCUGAAGGGUUGCACCUUAUCAGAGUUUAAAAAAGCUAUUAUAGAACUCUUAUCAACUGAAGAAGAAGAGAAAAAAUAAGAUGACAUCCUGGCAGCCAUAGACAAAGAAGAUUUUGACUUUUCCUUGAUAGGUACGAAGGGAUGGAGCAUUAUACACAAAGCUUGCUCUGCUGGUAAUCAAGAAAUUGUAGAGUAUCUACUUUAGAAAAAGAAGGUCAAUCCUAAUAUUCAAGGAUUAUAAAAUUGGACCCCAAUAGAAAUUUCAGUUUAAAUGGGGUUCUUCUAGAUAGUCAAUAUGCUCUUAGAGGAUAAUAGAAUUAAGAUUAAUUAUGUCAGCUCGGAUGAUAGAGGAACUGCCUUACAUAUGGCUGCAAAGAGUAACUAUCUUCCAAUCUGCCAAAUAUUACUAUUGAAGGGCAUUGAUUUCAAUAUUAAAGAUAAAGAUGGUUUAGUUGCUAAGCAGGUUACUACAAAUCCCUAAAUAAAAAAUCUUAUAGAAAAGUAUGAAUAAUAACAAGACACAAUCCACUAAGUAAUAUAAUUUGAUGAAAUUAAGGAAGAAGAUGAGGAAGAUGAUAACUAUGAUAUGAGGGGAGCUCAUGCAACCUACAGACCAAGUCCUAAAAAUAGGGAACUAAGUCCUUCUCAUGGAUCAUAAGACGGUGAUGCUUUUCUAAACACUUCAAUGACUAAUGCUUCCCCAACUAAUCAUGUCUCCUCUCCAUUAGGAAAUGCUGAUUUAUUAUUUGGUAAAAUGGACCAUAAAGAAAACAAAAAGGAAAGACCAAUGACCAGAUUUAUCAAAGCUUUCAACUAAAAAUAGCAUAUUUCUCCUAAAUCUAGCAUGGCAACAGAAUAAUCUCAUGCACCUAACUCCCCAAAGCCAAAUGAAUAUAUAAUAGUCUAGCCAAAAUUAAUAAAUCUUAGAGAACUAAUUAUCACUUAAGUCAAUUCUUUGGAAUAAGUUGAGUAGCUUAUCACACUUUUGAAGUAACUACCAAAUCCAUAUGAGAGUCUUUUUCCAUUAAAGAAGGUGAAAGGUAAACUAUAUAAAGUCCAUAGACUUCGGUUAAAUAGCUAUUCUAGAUAUAUCUACAUCAAUCCUAUUGAAGGUGUGCUGAUUUCAUAUAACUAAUCCAAUAAAUUUCCACUAUCUCCAAAUUAUAUCAUGAAACUUAAUGAGAUAACCGAGCUAAGAAUACUUUAAGAUCAUGGAUGGUACUAAAAGAAAAAUAACUAUUACUUUCAAGUAAAAACAUCACAAAGAACUUCAAUAUUUUACAUGAAUAACUUAGAUGUUAUUCAAUUUUGGAUCAAUGAGAUUCAUGAGUCCAAGCAGUUCUAUGGAUGGCUUCAGUAAAUCAUAGAUCUUAGAUAUUCCUAAUCUUGUAAUAAAUUUGACUGCGAUCAUGAAGAAAAUCAAAAUUAUCUAGAUAAGGCAGAUGAGUUGAUUAAUAUGAUUUUAAACAUUGCGAUACCAGAAGUAGAUAUGGAUUAGUAUCAUAUCGGUUUAAAUAUCUCUGCACAGGAGUAUGCAAAGAGAAAGGCUUAUGAAUACAAGCAGAUGAGAUAAAGCAUCUCAGGGGCAAGUUCUUCUUCGCAAUAAAACACACAUGAUGUUCUAAAAAGUCCAUCAAUGGGUGAUUUAUCUGAUGAUGGAACCUAGAUAUCUUCUGGAAUUCAGAGAUCAAAGACAGCAACAAAAUCUGCAGUAAACCAAAAGAAUGAGAUUAUUUACAAAUUCGAUUCUAAUGAUAAACAGUCUUAAAAUCCAAAUCGCUAACUCUAAAAGCAGAUUGAUGAUAUGAUGGAGCUUUAGAGAGAGUAAAAUUUAGAAACAUAGACAAAUACUACUGAUAAUAGAACAAGUUUUGAUGAUGGUGAAAGGAGAGCAAUGACUACAACUAAUAGAUAAAUACUCUCAAAGUCAACAACUGUCAUGCCCUAAGCCAAGCAGGGAAAACUUUUAGAUGAUGGUGAUAAUGGAAUAGGGUAUAAUUCUUUCUAAUUGAUAGAAAUUCUUGGCUAAGGUACCUUUGGUAAGGUAUUUAAGGUAAAGCCCAAAGAAGACCCAGAUUCAGAGGAAUAUGCAAUGAAAGUCCUAAAAAAGGCAUUUUUAGUUAAGAAUAAUCAUCUAAGAUACGCGAUAACUGAAGCAAAUAUUCUUAAACUCUCUAACCAUCCAUUUGUAAUUAAGCUUCACUAUUCUUUCUAAACUCCUGAAAAUUUAUACAUGAUUCUUGAUUACUGCCCAGGCGGUGAUUUAGCCUUCCAUUUGAACAAGAGAUAGAUCUUUGAUGAAAGUGAGGCUAAGUUCUUCAUUGCAGAAGUAAUUUUGGCUAUGGAGUACAUUCACUCAUUGAAUAUCAUAUACAGAGAUCUUAAGCCAGAAAACAUUUUGAUUGAUAAGGAUGGUCAUGUUAAGUUGGCUGAUUUUGGUCUAGCUAAAGAGGGCGUUAAUGACAAGUAAAAUGCUAAAUCUUUUUGUGGUAGUCCAGCUUACUUAGCCCCUGAAAUGCUUUAGAAUAAAGGAGUUGGAAAAGCUGCUGAUAUUUAUCAAAUAGGCGCAGUGCUUUAUGAACUAUUGGUUGGAUUCCCACCUUACUACACUGAGAACAUCAAAAAGCUAUAUGAAAAUAUCAAAGCUGCUAAGUUACAGCUUCCAACCUAUAUCUCUCCAUCGGCUAAAGAUCUCCUUUAGAAAUUACUGAAUAAAAAUCCUAAGUAGAGGAUAGGCGUUGUUGAUAAGGCUGAAAUCAAAAGACACCCAUUUUUCAAAGGAAUUGAUUGGAAAAAACUAGAAAAUAAAGAGUUAGACCCACCAAUGAUUAUGACAAUGGAUGAGGAAGGUGAGAAUGAAGAAUUAAAUUAUCUAAAACAAAUUGAGAAGAACAAAUUCAGAGACGUAGAUUAUAAAAAGGAUAAUCAAACUCUUAACAGAGUAAAGCAAUUUACUUUCAUCAGAAAUUGA